AUGUCAUUGUCCGAACUGUCAAAAUCAUGUGCAUCGACAGAAGCGAAGCAAGCCUCAAUCAACUUGGUACCUCAGGUACCUAUCGACCUGCCCGACUACCUUAGGUUUAUCCAUCCGACCGAAUGGUUCAAGGUUCCUACCAAGGCACUUGGUACAUUGACCGGAGGUCAGCUUCAGCCAGGUGCCAAAUCGGCAAUAUCUCGAUAUCUUCUCGAGAUUCUCUGGCACUAUUGA